ACAGAGAGCAUGCACACAACAGCGCUGAGCCUCAGCAUGCAUCCUUGUCACAGGGACUUCUUUGCUGAUUCACAGAGGCAGCCCCAAUCCCUGCCACUGAAGCCCAGCUCCUGCCUUCAUUUCAGACCUGACGGAAUCGGAAGGUGCCUGUGCCCAGAGAAGUCUCCAUCCCCAUGAACCUCCGUUCUGAUGCAGCCAAUGGUCAUGCAGGGAUGCUCCUACACCCUCCCACGAUGUCAUGAGCGGCAUACAGCAGACCAGUCACAUCGCAGCAGCACCACCCACUCACAGUCUCAGGUUAAAGCAGCGGAAGAUGGUGAAGGAGCGCCCUGUGUAACCCAGCAGGCUCCCGACAGUGCCCUCAGGCCCCAGACACCUCUGGAGAUGAAUCUUUGCUGGAAUGAAAUAAAAAAGAAAUCGCAGAGCCUUCGGGCUCGUCUGGAGGCCUUUUCAGACCACAGCGGGAAGCUGCAGCUCCCACUCCAGGAGAUCAUAGACUGGCUGGGUCAGAAGGAUGAAGAGCUGUCCGCACAGCUGCCACUCCGGGGAGACGUGCUCUUGGUGCAGCAGGAAAAAGAGACGCAUGCGGCUUUCAUGGAAGAGGUGAAGUCUCGGGGCCCAUAUAUUUAUUCUGUCCUGGAGUCGGCGCAGGCCUUCCUUUCCCAGCACCCAUUCGAGGAAUUAGAGGAACCAAAUUCUGAAAGUAAAGAUGUCUCUCCAAGGCACCGGAUCCAGAAUAUCAGCCGUUUUGUCUGGAAGCAGGCGAAUGUGGCCAGUGAGCUGUGGGAGAAGCUCACUGCCCGCUGUGUUGACCAACACCGUCACAUCGAACGGACACUGGAGCAGCUGCUGGAGGUCAAGGGAGCCAUGGAGGAGCUCAGCACAACUCUGGACCAGGCCGAGAGUGUGCGAGAAACCUGGGAGCCCAUUGGAGACCUCUUCAUCGACUCCUUACCAGAGCACAUCCAGGCAACCAAGCUGUUUAAAGAGGAGCUCUCCCCCAUGAAGGACGGAGUGAAACUAGUUAAUGACCUCGCACACCAGCUUGCUAUCUCAGAUGUGCAUCUGUCCAUGGAGAACUCCCGGGCUCUGGAGCAGAUCAACACCCGAUGGAAACAGCUGCAGGCCUCGGUUAACGAACGCCUGAAGCAGCUCCAGGAUGCCCAUCGGGACUUUGGCCCAGGUUCCCAGCACUUCCUCUCCACCUCUGUCCAGGUUCCCUGGGAACGAGCAAUUUCACCCAAUAAAGUGCCAUACUACAUCAACCACCAGGCUCAGACAACAUGCUGGGACCACCCCAAGAUGACAGAGUUAUACCAAACCCUAGCUGAUUUGAACAACAUCAAAUUCUCUGCAUAUCGGACGGCCAUGAAGCUGCGCCGUGUCCAGAAAGCUCUGCGGUUGGACCUGGUGACUCUGGCCACAGCCUUGGAAAUCUUUAAUGAGCAUGAGCUACAGCCCAGCGAUCGCGUGAUGGACGUGGUGGAGGUCAUCCACUGCCUGACUGCCCUCUAUGAGCGGCUGGAGGAAGAGAGGGGCAUUCUGGUCAACGUGCCGCUCUGCGUGGACAUGAGUCUCAACUGGCUGCUCAACGUUUUCGAUAGCAGUCGCAGUGGGAAGAUGCGAGUGCUGUCCUUCAAGACUGGCAUUGCAUGUCUGUGUGGCACAGAGGUGAAGGAGAAAUUCCAGUAUCUCUUUGGCCAGGUGGCGAAUCCCGGCGGUCUAUGCGACCAGCGGCACCUCAGCAUCCUGCUGCAUGAGGCCAUUCAGGUUCCGCGCCAGUUGGGAGAGGUGGCAGCAUUUGGGGGUAGCAAUGUGGAGCCCAGUGUCCGCAGCUGCUUCCGCUUUAGUAAUGGGAAGCCUGUGAUCGAGGUCGUCCAGUUCCUGGAAUGGGCCAACCUGGAGCCGCAGUCCAUGGUGUGGCUGGCUGUCCUGCACAGAGUGACCAUUGCUGAGCAGGUGAAGCACCAAACCAAGUGCUCUGUCUGCAAACUGUGUCCCAUCAAAGGCUUCAGGUACCGCAGCCUGAAGCAGUUCAAUGUGGAUAUCUGUCAGACCUGCUUCCUGACAGGACGAGCCAGCAAAGGGAACAAGCUCCACUAUCCUAUCAUGGAGUACUAUACCCCGACCACCUCUAGUGAGAACAUGAGGGACUUUGCUACGACCCUAAAAAACAAGUUCCGGUCCAAACAGUACUUCAGCAAGCAUCCACAGAGGGGCUACCUGCCCGUCCAGUCUGUGCUGGAAGCUGACUUCACUGAGACACCGGCCUCCUCCCCGAUGUUACCGCAUGCCGAUACCCACUCCCGGAUCGAACACUUUGCCAGCAGGCUCGCAGAGAUGGAAAGCCAGAACUGUUCCUUGUUUAAUGACAGCUUGUCCCCAGACGAUAGCCUGGAUGAGGAUCAGUACCUGUUGCGUCACUCCAGCCCAAUCACAGACAGAGAGCUGGUGUGCAGCCCAAAGGCUGAGGACAGCCUCAACACGGAGGAUAAGGGGGAGCUGGAGAGAAUCCUGGCCCACUUAGAGGAUGAGAACAGGAUCCUCCAAGGAGAGCUGAAACGUCUGAAAUGGCAACACGAUGAGGCAGUGGAGUCCCCCACUGUGGCAGAAGGGUCUCCAGAAUCAGCCCAAGACCCACACAACGAUGAGCUCCUGGCUGAGGCAAGGAUCCUUCGGCAACACAAGAGCCGCCUGGAGACCCGAAUGCAGAUCCUGGAGGACCAUAACAAGCAGCUGGAAUCCCAGCUGCACCGCCUGAGAGAGUUGCUACUGCAGCCACCGACUGACUUGGACAUCAAUGGCUCUGCGGCCUCUUCCUUGGCUUCCUCGCCCCAUCCGUCGGAGGGAAGUCAGCCCAGGGAGAAGGAGCACAACACCCCUGAAACCGAAACUGCAGAUGAGGUGGAGACGAGGGCACGGGAUGUCAGUCUGUGUUUGGAGGACAUCAUGGAGAAACUGAGGAGUGCCUUCCCCAACUCCCAAGGUGUGACCUCCCUUAUCUAACACCUCCUGUGGGUAAGAGGCUUUGUCUAACCAGCUUCUUGGCUGCUUUCCUCUCCCGCCUCUCACACUCCUCCUGGGAUGGGCUUCCCUCGGACCCUCUUGGGGGCACUCCAGUGGAAUGGCCUUCAUGAAGUCCACCAACGUCAGAAGAUCUCAGGGGAACUCCCACUGGCCACGUGGGAAUGUGACUGAAGGCUCUUUGGAGUGCUGGCUGGAGCCACCCUGAGGACCAGCCAGUUCCGACCAAGUGUGCUGGGGUCUGAAUUUAAGGAACUCUAUAAAGCAUUCAAA